UAGUAAAACAUUUAUAAGCGGCCUGCGGCUGUGUAUAUGUGUGUGUUUGUGUACCGGAGUUCUUGUUGCUGCCGGACGUUGAGGUGAAGAAGCAGUGGAGAAGGAUACAUAAUUACACCAGCUUUGUGGGAGUUCAAGUUUAACUGCGUGUAUAUAUACAUGUGUGUGCGUGUGUGUGUGUUUUAAAUGUGUGUGUAACACCCCCAAAGGCGCUCUCUUUUGCACACUCGAACAUACUUUGUGUGUGUGUGUAAAGUUACAACAACUGCUUUGUGUAAAGCUUGUAGCAAGUAAAAAAUAGUUGCAAAGUGGGGAGAAGAGUGGAGGCUGAGUGAUUAGGCGACUGCGUUCGCCAAUCUGCCGUUUUGUUUUGUGCGCACAUUCGCGUGCUUGUCUUUGUUUAGGGGAUCGGCGGUGCGUUUGUGCAACGCUUUGCGGCAGCGCUUUGUGGCCAUCAGCUGGAUACGGAUUUUGUGACGGCGGCGACACAAACAGCGCCGAAGUGGAUGCCCAUGCACGCGGUGGUCUGGGCAUUGCCCAGGACUUUGGGAUGGCUGGGCCAGCAGCGGGGCCCUCCGGACACAUGUACGGCGCCGUUACGCCACAGGACAUGAUUGUGCGUGACAUGGUGCAAAUGCCACAGCCGCCUCCUUCAAAUGCGCCAACCUCAGCUGAUGCCUGCCUCAGCAUUGUGCAUUCGCUUAUGUGCCAUCGUCAGGGCGGCGAGAGCGAGGGCUUUGCCAAGCGCGCCAUAGAGUCGCUAGUGAAAAAACUGAAAGAGAAGCGCGACGAAUUGGAUUCACUGAUAACGGCCAUAACCACCAAUGGCGCACAUCCAAGCAAAUGUGUUACCAUACAGCGCACACUCGACGGCCGUCUACAGGUGGCCGGUCGCAAGGGCUUUCCACACGUGAUUUACGCGCGCAUUUGGCGCUGGCCAGAUCUGCAUAAGAACGAGCUAAAGCACGUCAAAUAUUGCUCCUAUGCAUUCGAUCUCAAGUGCGACUCAGUUUGUGUAAAUCCCUAUCACUAUGAGCGCGUCGUUUCACCGGGCAUUGAUUUGUCCGGAUUGAGUUUGCAGUCGGGCCCGAGCCGUCUGGUCAAGGAUGAAUACUCAGCCGGCUCAUUAGUGGGUGGCAUGGAUAUUGAUGGCAAUGAUAUUGGUACUAUACAGCAUCAUCCCACGCAAAUGGUGGGACCUGCGGGCUAUGGCUAUCCGCCGCAAGGUCCUGGACCAGGUGACUAUGUUACCGAUGCUAAUCAAAUGAGUGCAAUGUACGCUGCCGGGCGCGCAAUACCAAAAAUUGAGCCACCAGAUGGUAAUGGCUCACGUAGCUCCUGGAUGGCAUUGCCGCCAACGCCACCAUCGCGUAUGAAUCGUGUUGCUCCACAGCAGCAACAACAACAACAACAGCAGCAGCAGUCCGCCCCACAACAGCCACAAAACCCAUCCCAAGCAGCUCCGCACACGCUUUCAGUACCGCAUGGCAUGCCCGGCAUGGCAGCCAUGAAUGCUGUGACUGGUCCUGGACCCGUAAUGGCGCCGCCACCCCCGCCAACACAAGCAGCAAACGCUCAGGGCAAUGGCGUGCAUCACUCACAAGCCAGCUCACCCACAGACGCCUCCACGAUGGCGAUGCAGCAACAACAACCGCCGCCAGGUGGUGGCACACCCAAUGUACCAGGAUCUGGGAGCAAUUCCAAUGCUGCCAAUGCUGCUGGCUAUGGCUAUGGUACACCGUCAGCAAAUGCACAAAUGCAAAGCGUAAACAGCGGCAAUCCCAAUAACAGCCAAGGUUCGGGCACUGUGCAUGCUCAGCAACAGCAGCAGAAUGGUUAUGUGCCACAGCCACAGGCUGGUCAGCCAGGCGGUUAUGGUGCAGCACAGUCACCGUCAGCGCAACAACAACAACAGCCGGCACCUGGCAGUCAAAGUAAUGCUGGAGGUCAGACCAGUGGCGGUGGUGGCACAACUGGUACCUGGACUGGUCCAAAUACACUCACUUACACACAGUCGAUGCAGCCGCCUGAUCCGCGUACACUGCCUGGCGCCUAUUGGAACUCGGCGUUGCCUGGAGAUCUGGCUUCACCGCAACAGGCGCAGCCACAGCAGCAGCAGCAACAACAGCUACGUUUGCUAUCACGACAACCAGCACCAGAGUAUUGGUGCUCUAUAGCUUACUUUGAGCUCGACACACAGGUGGGCGAGACAUUUAAGGUGCCCUCGGCCAAGCCGAAUGUCAUUAUCGAUGGAUAUGUGGAUCCCUCGGGUGGCAAUCGUUUCUGCUUGGGUGCGCUCAGUAAUGUGCAUCGUACGGAACAGUCUGAGCGUGCUAGACUACAUAUAGGCAAGGGCGUGCAGUUGGAUUUGCGUGGCGAGGGUGAUGUAUGGCUGCGUUGCCUCAGUGAUAAUUCUGUUUUUGUACAAAGCUAUUAUCUGGAUCGAGAAGCGGGUCGCACGCCUGGCGAUGCUGUACAUAAAAUUUAUCCAGCUGCCUGCAUCAAAGUGUUUGAUUUGCGCCAGUGCCAUCAACAGAUGCAUUCGCUUGCCACCAAUGCACAGGCGGCAGCCGCUGCUCAAGCGGCCGCAGUCGCUGGCGUCUCCAAUCAGCAAAUAGGAGGUGGCGGCAGAAGCAUUACAGCUGCUGCUGGUAUUGGCGUUGAUGAUCUACGCCGACUUUGCAUAUUGCGGCUGAGUUUUGUCAAAGGUUGGGGCCCAGAUUAUCCGCGACAAUCGAUCAAGGAGACGCCCUGCUGGAUCGAGGUGCAUUUGCAUCGUGCACUACAGCUACUGGAUGAGGUGCUCCAUGCCAUGCCUAUCGAUGGAGCGGCUGCCUAAUUGAGCCACACAUACACAUACACACGCAUACAUAUUUAUUAUUCAAAACAUGCAAGCGUCGUAAUUGUUAGUUUAAGUUUAAUUUUGAGCAGCUAUCAUGUUAAGUUAAGCGCAUAAACAACAACAAAAAGCAAACAAAAGAGUAUAAAAUAUUUAGCUUUGUUUUGCUAUUAUGAAUGUAAUUAUGUUUGCCUUUAAUUAUUU